AUGAUCCGUCCGCAAUGGGUCUGCCGGCACUGUCUUUCACGGGCACGGACAACAACAGCUUCUCGACUGGCAUUAGCACGACCAAAUUUGGCCCAUAACAUCAUCACGAGACGACAAUCGCAUACUUCUACGCGUGUCGAUGAAGAUGAGGAUUUCUUCCUAGCGGAGUCGCUCCUCAAACGAGCAAAGCAGCUUGCGACCGAAUACGAUGUGCUCGAAAGACAAUUGAUGGAAGACUUUAAUACCAAGACGGCGGCAAGGGCAGGUCAUCUACGGCCAGUGUCGGAAGCUUUAAAAGAGUAUGAAGCCGCAGUGGAGAACCUGAAGGAACUUCGUGUGCUAGCAUCGGAUCCCGAGUCGGAUUUGUCUGCCAUGGCGGCUGACGACAUACCUCCUACAAUCGAUCAGAUUCGUACAUCCUCCACGGCAUUAACCACCUCUCUUGUCCCCAGGCACCAGUUCGCCGCCUUUCCCUGUACAAUCGAGAUUCGUCCGGGCACCGGUGGUUCCGAAGCCACACUCUUCGCAAACGAUCUCUAUAAAAUGUACAAUUCGCUACUUAGCAACCUUCGCUGGCAGAGCUCGGUAAUAUCCUACCAAACACACAAUGAAAUCGGGGGUGAAGGCUGCUCGGAGGCUAUUAUAAGUGUAUCCACGCCCGAGUCUUACGAUCUUCUACGCCACGAGGCAGGUGUGCAUCGCGUGCAAAGGAUACCGGCCACAGAGAACAAGGGAAGAACGCACACUUCUACAGCAUCGGUUAUGGUGUUACCGAAACUCGGAGACGAGGAAGGUGAUUUCGAAUACGGAACAGACGAUGAUCCGCUCGCACAAAUUGAUAUGAAAGAUGUCAAAACCGAUGUGAUGAGGGCCAGCGGCGCUGGUGGACAGCAUGUCAACAGAACAGAAUCAGCCGUUCGAAUGACACAUAUCCCUACUGGAAUUGUCGUCGCCAUCCAAGAUUCUCGAUCACAGCACAAGAAUAGGUCUUCAGCACUGACUAUUCUUAAGGCGAAAGUGGCAGACAAGAGGAGGAAAGAAAAGGAGGAGGAGGCCCUGAGCAUGAGAAGAGGGGUAGUUAAAGUUGGGGCGGGGAGAAGUGAUAAGAUACGGACGUAUAACUUUACUCAGAACCGAGUAACGGACCAUAGAAGCGGGCAGAGCAACCACGACCUGCCGCGACUAAUGGAAGGAGAUGGACUGAUUGACAUGAUAGAAGGGGUGCAAGAGUGGGACAAGCAGCGGAGUGUCGAAGUGAUGCUGGCGUUGCAGGAAAUGGAGGAUUUAAAGAAGGAAAAGAAAUAG